AUGGGGCGGCGACCACCGGGCGGCGAGGCGGCGACCACCGGCGGACGGCGGGGCCGCGGCUCGAGUGGGUGUCAAGCUAGCAAAGCAAAAUCAGGAGAAGGACGACCGGCCAUCUUUGGCGGCACCGAGCUAGACGAAACGACGGCGAACAUUCCUUCAUGGCUUCGCCCCUACAAAGAUAAAACUCGCAUCAGAUUAACCUGCAGUGGCACCAGUCUUCAAGCAGACGCUGCUUGCCGCCGGCCGAAGUUCGCGGAGCUCAGCGCGACAAAUCUCAAGAUCCUCUGCGAUGCGCUCGAGCUUCGCGUUCCGCGGCACAGGAAUAUCGUCCCUGGCAUAUCGAGCACGCUGCUCGGGUGCCGAUCUGGUGUGACCAGGAGGAGGGCGGGCGCUAAUCCGUUUGGCUCCUCGUCGUCAACUUGGCUGCUCUUCCUAGGAAGGGACGAUGGCGGAAAGAUGACGGUGGCUCGGGACCUCGCGAGGCUCGUGUUUGGCUCAUACAUCGAGUUCACGACCCUGCAGGUGCAGGGUAGCCCCGACAUUUCCGCGCGCACCGGCAAGCACGCUCUCAAGAGGCCGAGAUCACCGGAAAACGACGGCGAUAUCGAGGGGAGGCUAUUCGAAGCGAUCAUGGAGAACCCUCACCGCGUUAUAUUGAUUGACGGCAUCGACCGACUGAAUCGUGAAUCGGAGAUGCGCAUCAAGAACACCAUCGUCGGUGCAGGAAUAGCGAGGGGACGCAACGGCGGCGUGGUCAGCCUGGAGGAUGCCAUCGUAGUGCUGAGUGCCUCUGAUUCCUUGGAAUGGAGGUACAUGGCUUCAUCUUCCUCUCCAUGGCCACGGGUGAAGCGGCGGUUUAAUGGACAGCACCGUGAGGAAGGUGACGCCGCGGGAAGAUCUCGUUGUCAUCAUGGCUGGGACUUGAACUUUCAUGCGGUGGAUGGAGAAGAGGAGGACAAUUUGGCUAAUGACCAGGGGAUCCUGAAUGUCGUCGAUGGUGUUUUCCUUUUCAAUUAGCACAGACUAUUUAUGUUUUCUGAAUGUAUUUUGAAUGGUUUUGAAUUGUUGGAAUUUUCUUUUCAGAAAAUAUAUUUUUUGAAUUAAGGAGGA